UCCUGAAGCGCCUGUCAACGGGUUAAAAUCACCGUCAUAUGUCGUUACAGUGCUCGUGCCCACGUUGUGUUGGAUCUCCAACACUUAACGCUGAAACUUUCUCCAAAGACCACAUUUUUAUCGACGGAAGAAGCUGAGAUGCAACUCUUUCUUGAAACCUGCCAUCGCUUUCAGCGACUGAACAGCACUGCUUUAUCCUGGAUACAAAUGCACAGUCGCGUGUCAGCAGAUGUAAAAGAAAGAUCUCUUGCGAUCUAAAGCUGAUGUUGUAUGAACAGCGACAGAUGUUCUUUAUUCCAGUUUUCGUGAACCGGUCAUUCGCCAGCAGUGAGAUGGACAGUUGCGUUUUCUGCAUUGCGAACAUGCACUUUUGUGGAUAAUAUAUCGGUUGAGGCAUGUCAACUCGCAUUUCUAUAUGUGAACUAUAAUGUUAAAAUAGACUAUGAGUGAUUGCGCGGUAAUAUCGGAAAAUAUUCUCGCGUGUCGCCAAGUCAUUUGUCCAGACUGCACGGGAGGAAUUUAAUCGCGAGCGCACGAAAAAAACUGGAUUAUUGCUUCACAUGGACGUGGACGAGCGUGACAUCUUUUACUAAAUAAAUCACCAUUUAUUCGCUUAAACUGGCAAGUAAAAACGAAAACGUUCCAUGUGUUCUCAUACAACUGGGAGCCCGUGUUUUAUGUACUGUUGGCGAUGUAGUGCGCUUGCUCACUUUUGUCCCUGCCAUUCCAAACAAGUCUCUUCUCGAACAGGAGACAGUCAAGAUGAUUCUCUUCAGAAAAUUCCGCGUCUUGAUUUUAAUGGUGUUUCUUAUCGCCUGCUCUAUGCACAUAAUGAUAGACUUGUUACCAAAGCUGGAAAGACGGGUCAGUAGCGCCUGUUCUUGCUCCCACACACCCAGCGAAGAGCCACAGAACUGGGCUAAGCAUCGAGCCAAGCCGGGAUCAGAGUCCGGUUGGCCUAAUAAACACACGCUCAGAAUACUUCAAGACUUUAGCAACGAGCCCAACUCAAAUCUGUCCUCUCAUUCACUGGAAAAGAUCACCAUCGAGGAUAAAGCUGAGGCGAUAAGAAGAACUGAGCAGCUGAAGACGGGUGAUGAUAAGAGGCACGCGACACGGGACUCUACCUUCAGCAAGAAUUCAUCCGUGAAGGGUUCAAGGCUGUCUGCUCUGUUUGAGCAUCCUUUAUACACGAGGCCAUUGCCUAAAAUAACAGAUGAAGAUACACUGUUCAAUGUCAACACUGAUAUAAGAUUUGACCCUAAAGCUGCAGAAAACCCAGAGUGGCAUGGGGAAGGGAAAGAAGGGGAUUAUGCUCCUACGGGCGAAAUGUCCUCAGACUCCUACCCAAACUGGCUCCGCUUCCACAUUGGGAUCAACCGGUAUGAGCUCUACUCCAGGCAUAACCCAGUCAUUGAUGCAAUGCUGAAGGACCUGGUCUCGCAAAGAAUUACUAGUACUGCAAUGAAAUCUGGAGGCACACAACUAAAGCUGAUCAUGACAUUCCAGAAUUAUGGCCAGGCACUCUUCAAACCCAUGAAGCAGACACGGGAGCAGGAGACACCCCCCGACUUCUUCUACUUCUCCGAUUUCGAGAGGCACAAUGCAGAGAUAGCAGCAUAUCAUCUAGACAGGAUCUUGGAUUUCCGUCGAGUGCCGCCAGUGGCUGGGAGACUGGUGAAUAUGACCAAAGAGAUCAGAGACGUGACCCGUGACAAAAAACUGUGGAGAACAUUUUUCAUUUCACCAGCCAAUAACAUUUGCUUUUACGGUGAAUGUUCUUACUACUGCUCUACUGAACACGCUCUGUGUGGGAAGCCUGACCAGAUCGAGGGCUCUUUAGCAGCCUUUCUGCCAGACCUGGCCUUGGCCAAGCGCAGGACCUGGAGAAAUCCCUGGAGGAGAUCCUAUCACAAGCGCAAGAAAGCAGAAUGGGAGGUGGAUCCAGACUACUGCGAGGAGGUGAAGCAGACGCCACCCUAUGACAGCGGCACUCGCCUGCUCGACAUUAUGGACAUGACCAUAUUUGAUUUCCUCAUGGGAAAUAUGGAUCGUCAUCAUUAUGAGACAUUUGAAAAAUUUGGAAAUGAAACUUUCAUUAUUCAUCUUGAUAAUGGAAGAGGCUUUGGUAAACAUUCUCAUGAUGAGCUUUCCAUACUGGUGCCUUUGAGUCAAUGCUGCAGGUUGAAGAAGUCCACCCAUUUAAGGCUUCAGCUGUUGGCUAAGGAGGAGUACAAACUGAGUGCACUGAUGGAAGAAAGUCUCCAGACAGACACGCUCUUGCCGAUCCUCAUUAGGCCUCACCUAGAGGCCAUGGACCGCAGGUUGCGCCUGGUGCUCCAGGUACUGGCUGGCUGCAUUGAGAAGGAGGGCUACAGCAAUGUAGUAGAGGAUGACAUGGGCACAGUCCCACAGAGGUAGUGGGCACAGACUGAUUAGGUGGCCCUGUUGGGUCCUUUGAAGUCCCACCACAGCUCUGUAGACCAUGAACGUCUUGCAAGAGAUGCUCUUGUUGAUAAACUCUGAAUUCAGUGAAUUCCAAAGACUCAUUCCUCAACCAAUGGACCAUGUGUUUAAAUAAAGAUACACAGUUGAAAGAGAAAGUUUGAGAGAAUGUGAUCUGCAGUCCUGCAUUAAUUUAAUCUUAAAUGUAAACUGAGCUUCAUACUGUAGGUCACAACAAGUGUUAUAAAGCAGUGGUUUUCAACUGGAGGGUCACGACCCAAAAAAUGGGUUACAGACCUGUUUUGGGUCACGAACAGCAGGAAGAACACAAAGCUAAAUACAAAUAGUUAAAUAAAUUGUAUAACAAUAAUAAAUCUCUGAUAAUAAACUGACUCACUGGGCACAUCCACAAGUGCCCCAUUGAUUUGCACAGAUUAUAAUGUUGUUUUUACCAAAUUUUAAAUGUUCCUAUUCAACCCACGUCAUCUUAAUCAUUUUACUUUUUGCUUUGGACUUUGCAGUCCUUAGUGGGCUUAACAUUAAUUACUUUCAAUGUUUGAUUUUAAGGAUAAUUUUGUUGUAGGAUAAACAAGUUAAGUAGGGACUUAAGUGUUAAGUCCCUACUUAAUGUCUAAUGUAAAAUCUGGGUCCUGAAGCAAAACCAGUUUAGAACCACUGUUAAAGGAUCAAAAUAAAUAAUGAAAAAUGCUUGAACAUCAUUGGUUCAGUAUUUGCUGUCACUUUAUUUAAACUUUAGAGAUUUAAUGAGUGGUAUCAAUAAUGUGCUGAUGUGCGGGACAGAUCAACUUCUACAGUGAAUGUUUGGCUGAAGGUUCAGUAUUAGCAGAAACAGAAGAUAACAUUUUACUCACAUUUCAGGUCAAACUAAUGAGGAAUGACAGAUUCCCAAACUUUUUGCCGCAGUACAUGUGAAUGACGUCUGAAUAUAUGUUUUUUGCAUAAAAUGAGGUAUUUUGUUUCUCUUCAUGGUGAGGAAAAUGAGGAACUGUGCAUUCAAAAAUCAAUUCACUUCACUUUAUUUUACUGUACCUUGUUAAAGACAAAAAGCUUGGAGUGAAGGGUGAGUUGUCUCCAGAAAGUAUUCACCCCGUCUGCAAUGUUAUAGAUGAUCAGAGCUUAUUUAUUGAGUUUCAUAUUUAUUCUUCAACAUGUCACUCAUACCAUUUUCAUUUCUAUACAUCAAAUCAAAGAGGUAGAUUCAGUGUAGUACAUUAAACGAGUUGCAGUAUUUGUGCUAGCAAGUAGAUCAGUAACGAUGAGUAGUAUGUAUAAGAAAUCUUGACAGUUUAUUGGAUUUCAGAAAAACAUCCUAAGCAUUUAACACCUUGCAUAAUUCUUGCUUAGUCUAAUCUCUUUACUUGCACAUCAAAUGUAGUAACAAAUAUGAAAAGAAAAAAGUGUUAUUCAAAUAUCAAUAAUCAACAUUGUCAACAGUGUGAUUGCUGCAUUUCUACCACAUUUGACCCAAAAAUUUAGACUUUAAAGGGGCACAGUGAUGCUGAUUAUGUAUAAACCUACAGUAUGGAUCAUUGUAAAAUUGUCAUGCUAUUAAACUGACACAAAAACAAAAUAUGUUUUAAUGUGCUCAGAGGAGUAUAUGACUGAUUCUCCAUAGGUCUAAAUGCUGGUUUACCCAUCUCUAGUCCUAUACAUAUGCUGAUACAGCAGUCUAUACCUUUUCUAAAUCUUUCUAUCAAAUUAGAAAAACACGAUUCAGCAUUUAAUUGGCCUCAAACUUUACAAUGGAUUCUUUUAUCCAUUAGAAUUUAUAUUAGAAUUGCUGAUCUGUUUGUAAAAACUAUUAAUUGAUUUAUAGUUGCCCAGAGUUAUCGGUAGUAGCACAAAGAUCGUGUUUGUUUUGCUGAUUGAGAUAUUUUCUUAGUAUUAUUUUGUACAGUAUAUACUGUAUGCUCCAGUGUAUGUAUAGACAUUGCAUGUACAUUAUAACAUUAAGUGUCUUUUUAUUUCAGUGUGGGGAGAGUUUGGGUGUUUAUGUAAAGCUCUCAGCAUUCUUUGCUGGGCUACAAAACACAUUUGUAUAACUGCUGAAAAAGUUGUGUAAAUACUAUGUGAAUCCAGUGCCUGUGCAAUUAUAGAAAUACUUGAAAACUCGGUUAUGUAGAUAACAGAGUAAUCAGCAGAAUAAAUGUGGUUUAUUAUAUCAUGGCGACAGUACAAUUUGUAGUGAGGGGAUAGCUGCUGCUGGGCAAGUAUUUUGUACAUUGUUUUGUUGUUUCCUUUAUUUGUACAGUUAGUAUUUUCACAUUUACGGAGGAUUACAGUAUGCCUUUUUUUGUUGCUACAGUACUUUAUUUUGUCUCUCAAUGGGAAUUUUUGUGUCACUUUUCCCCUGGUUUAAGUGCAAUAAACUGAGAGAUUCAGCAAAUGGUCUUAUACAUAGAUUACAUUUUUUUUUUAUCAAUAAAUAAAAUCAGUUGCAGCAUUUGAUGCCUAGAAAUAAAAACUCCAA